AUGAGCGCAGGCUCGCCACCGCCCAGGGCCAUCAGCCCGCCCACACCAGCUCCAUCGCCCCAGCCAGAGCUCCACGCCCACCUCCGCCUCGCCUCCGCACUCUCCCAGCACCAUGUCGGUCCCGGCGCCAGCAACGGCCAACCACAAUCCUCGAGGGCAGCCUCGCAGCUCUCCUUUGACCCAAACGACCCGCAGCCUCUCCUCAAGCACCUCUCCAUCGUCCUGCCCCAGCUCUCCUCGUCCGCCCGCCACCGCUUCCUCACCGGCCUCGUCGACCUCUUUGACCUCCGCGAGCUCGCCCACCUCUCGUCCGAGCUCGGCCCGCGCCUCAAGGUCGACUUCCUCAGCUCCCUCCCCAUCGAGGUCAGCCUGCACAUCCUCAGCUUCAUCGACGACCCAAAGACGCUCGCACGCGCGAGCCGCGUCAGCCGCUUCUGGCGCAGCCUCGUAAACGACGAGCACACCUGGAAGGCCAUGUGCCUCAAGCAUCGCUACCGCCGGCGCGCCAGCAGCUCCGCCGGCAUCAGCAUCCUCGAUGACCGACUCCAGCCCCACCACCCGCACGGCACCGCCGCGACCACGCCUCGAUUCGCCCCGCCCUCGUCCCGCCUCAUGCCCCUGUCCGAAGCCACCGCCGACGGCGAGGCCGAGGCCGAGGCCGACUACGACGACGACGACGACGACGACGACAGCACCGUCCUCGCCUCGCUCUACCAGCGCUACCGCGCCAGGGGACUCGACCCUUCGAAUGCGCUCCACGAGCUCCGCACCCUCCACGACCUCUUCCUCAGCAAGCAGGACGACGGCGGCGGCAACCUCGCCGACCAGAUGAGCGAUGCCGACAAGGCCUUCUACGCCCAGCUCGAGGAGAUUGUCGCCGAAGAAAGCCGAGAGCGGUACGGCGACGGUAGGGCGACGGCGGCCCGCAGCGAUGCUGCCGAAACGCAGGGCAUGGACGAGGACGACGAGCAACUGCCGCAGCCAUCCGCCUCCACGCAGGCCAUCACCAGCAGCAGCAGGCGCGGCAGCAGCAACGUCUUCGGUUCGGCAAAUGCCGCCGGACAACCCGACGACCACCCGAGUGCAUCGUCGUCGUCGUCGUCGUCGUCGUCGAACCUCGGCUGGCUUGGUGCUGGGCCUUCAGCUGCCGGCGCCGCCUCGAGCACCAGUGCUGGCGCCGCCGCCAAUGCCGCACGCAUCUCGGCACCGGCCCACGCCAUCAGCAGCGCCUACCGCACGCCCUCGGGCCGCCUCGACCGCCUCCGUAACUGGCAAGAUCCGCGCGCCAGUGGCUCGGCGGGCCCCGCCGCAUCCGGCUCGCAGACCUCGACGUCGGGCGCCACGGGCCUCGGCCUCGGCCUGUCCUCUGCCGUCGAAGUGGGCCAGGCCUCUUCCGCCGUAUCCGCCGACGACACCGAGAUGGCGGCCGUCGACGCCGGCUCCUCUGCCGCACCGCCCAUCCAGACGCCGUCGCUGGACCCGCUGCCACGUUCGCCCAACCCGCUCACCGCCGCCCUUCGCCAGGGGCUGCCCCAGAUUCCGGCCUACGACUCGCCGACGAACCGCUUCUCUACCUCCCAGUCUUCCGCCGAGGCGAGUGGCAGUGGCAGCGGCAGUGGCAGUCGCUCGUCGCGUCACGAUCUGCUCGUGCCAGGUAGGACGGCCGCCAUGGCCACGCCGACGGCGCCCAGGCUGGACGGCUCAUGGCCCCAGGCUGCUGGCGGCGGCAGCGCGAUCGAGGACGGCCAGGGCGGCGCCAAUCCGGUCGCGUCGACAUCAGGCCAGCACGAUCCCAGCUCGAGCAAAAAGGCGCGCCGCCGCUCGGCACCGGCCGUCGAUGCCCACGGGCAGCCGCUCGGCCUUGGACGGCCCUAUGAGGCCUCCGCCGACUCGCUGCGGUCUGCCACGCUGGGACAUGCCGGCGAGUACGAUGGCGCGCAGCAGCAGCAGCAGCAGCAGCAGCAGCGGCCGUUCUCGUACCGCACCCACUUCAAGCUGGCCUAUCUGACGGAGUCCAACUGGAUGCGAGGCGGGCGCUUUCAGACCAAGCACGAGUCGUCGGACGCGGGCGCCGUCGUGACGAGCCUGGCCAUCGACAGCGAGUGGAUCGUGGUGGGCAUGGCCAACUCCAAGAUCCACGUCUUCGACGCCGAGACCGGCCUCUACUCGCAGACGCUGCUGGGCCACGAGAGCGGCGUCUGGUGCCUCACGCUCGUCAGCCGCACGGGCAAGAAGCGGCGGGCGGCGUCGGGCAAGCCGACGAUGGUCGUGCCGUCGUACGUGGCCGACGAGAUUGAGCGCAACCGGAGCGGUGCGGGCCAAGCCGGGCGCGGUGCGAUGCCGUCGAUGGCCGAGCUCGGGGGCAACGCCGUCGGGCUGGGCAACCCGUGCGGCAGCGUCGGGGGCUACGGCAACGAGGACGCCAUCGUGGUGAGCGGCGGCUGCGAUCGCGACGUGCGGGUGUGGGACCUGGGCACGGGCGAGUGCCGGUACGUGCUGUCCGGGCACACGUCGACGACGCGGUGCCUCAAGGUGCUCGAGGGGCGACCGAUUGCCGUGUCGGGCAGCCGCGACUCUACGCUGCGGGUGUGGGACAUUGCGCGGGGCGAGCACGUGCACCUGCUGGCGGGCCACCAGCACAGCGUGAGGUGCAUGGAGGUGGCGGGCAACCGGGUGGCGUCGGGCAGCUACGACUGCAACUGCCGGGUGUGGGACGUCGACACGGGCGAGUGCCUGCGGCUGCUGCGGGGCCACAUCCACCAGAUCUACGCCGUCGCUUUCGACGGGGAGCGGGUUGCGACGGGCUCGCUCGACUCGACGGUGCGGGUGUGGUCGGUGUCUUCGGGCGAGUGCGUUGCGCUGUUCCAGGGCCACACGUCGCUCGUGGGGCAGCUGCAGCUGACGGACAAGAUGCUCGUCACGGGCGGCUCCGACGGGCGCGUCAUCGUCUUUUCGCUCGAGACGUUUGAGUGCGUGCACCGGCUGUGCGCGCACGACAACUCGGUCACCUGCCUGCAGUUUGACGAGCGCUACAUUAUCACGGGCGGCAACGACGGGCGGGUCAAGCUGUGGGACUUCGCCACGGGCCGCUACAUCCGCGACGUGUGCGAGCCGUGCGAGCAGGUGUGGAAGGUGAGCUACUACAACGACCAGGUCGUGGUGCUCUGCAAGCGCGGCGAGCGCACCUGCAUGGACGUCAUCUCGUUUCGCCCCACGGUCGAUGAGUUUUAG